GCGACGUGCCUCACCAACGGCCGACAGCCUUACUGACGGCCAAUGAUAGCCAGCCGCAAAUAUCUACCUGUUUAACCUCCUUCCUCCUUCGGAUAUUGAGUAGCCAUGAGCGACAUGUCAUCUACAGUUGUUCCGGACCGCCUUGCGACGCUUGGCCGACUGGUGGAUGGGAAUGCAAGAACGACACGAUCCAUUUUCACCACUUCGACAACCUUACCCUCCAGCAAGCGACAGAGGACGGGUGAGGCGGAUGCGAAAAUAGACGGCACCACCAGCACAGGCAGGCGCUUCGAGCUCGAGUAUGCUAGCGUCCAGGAUCUACCCGAUGCAAUUGCUGCAAAGCUGCCUCCGUCAGGCAAGUCUAGGAAACAUGUUGUGCGCCAAGUUGCAAAAGUUACCCCAGGCGUGUCGACAAGCACGAAGUUGUUGGAAGGGCCACAAUCCACAACGGUAGAGCACGAGGUGAACAUGCCUACAGAGACGAGCAUCAACACUGUUGGUUCAGGUUCGCAGCCACCUACCGGACACAAUGAGACGAGCCUCUCGCGGAUCACAUCUACACAACCUCUCAAACCACAAUGGCACCCUCCUUGGAAACUGAUGCGAGUCAUAUCGGGACAUCUCGGCUGGGUCAGGAGUCUCACAGUAGAGCCAGGCAACAAGUGGUUCGCCAGUGGCGCAGGCGACCGUACCAUCAAAAUCUGGGACCUCGCGACAGGCUCUCUGCGCCUUACAUUGACUGGUCACAUUUCGACUGUUCGAGGUCUUGCUGUUAGCCCCAGACACCCCUAUCUCUUCUCCUGCGGCGAAGACAAGAUGGUCAAAUGCUGGGAUCUGGAGACGAACAAGGUCAUCAGGCACUACCAUGGUCAUCUUAGCGGCGUCUACACCCUAGCAUUGCACCCAACCUUGGACGUGCUCGUAACUGGAGGGCGGGAUGGUGUAGCCAGAGUCUGGGACAUGCGCCCCCCCGAGUAA